AUGGCGCAGGCGCUCUUCACGCUGUCCUGCAUCAACGCCCUGAACUUCGCGGACCGCUACGUGCCAGCCGCGGUCAAGACCAACUUGGAGAAGGACUUGGGCCUGGACGACUGGCAGAGCGCGCUGCCCUCGAUGGCUAUGACGGUGGUCUUCACCGUUUUCAGCAUGGUCUUCGGUUUGCUGGCGGAUCGCCAGCUGGUGGACCGCCGUGUGCUGCUGGCCUCGGGCAUCGCCUUCUGGUCCUUCGCCACGGCGCUGGGGGGCUACGCCCAGCGCCACGGCGAAGAUCCAACGGAAGAUCGCGAUCGCGGCGGCGGCGCGGACAAGAUCCUGGUCCCGGAGUUUUCGGCAGAGGACGACAGGGACGGUGUGAAGGCAAGGGGCUAUCUCCGGAAGAUCGAGGCUUGGCGGCGGGUCACGAAGAUCAAGAGCUACAAGCAGGCCUUGAUGUUGUACAACCACCUCACGGGACGGGCAUGGCGUGACGCGGAGGAGCUCGAUGUGGAAUGGCUGGACGGGGACUCUGGCAUGGACUACUUCAUCGACUGGAUCCGCAAUCGCUACUUGGACCGCGAGGUGAUCAAGGUGGGCAAGUACAUGACGGACUUCUUCAAGAACCUUAAGAAGCACAACAACCAGGACGUGAAGGAGUUCAACCAGGAGUUUGACCGACAGGCCGCCAGGCUGAAGGAGGUGGGUUGCGCUUUGCCUGACGUCUGCCUGGCUUGGUGGUAUAUGGAUAAACUUCGCCUCGACAAUGCGACCGAGCUCAACCUCCUCUCAUCCACGGGCAACGACUACAACCUCUACAAGCUCCAGGACGCGGCCAUCAUCCAGGACAGGAUGAACCGUCGACUUUGGGAAUCUCAUCGGGGACGGAACAACGAUAAGUACGACCAGAACAAGAAGGGUCAGCAGGCCUAUGUGACCGAGGAGCUGGGGGAGGGACAGUCCGAGGACGAGGAGUCGGAGCUGGACAUGGACGUGGAGGGCAUCGAUGAAGAGGCGGAGGAGGCAUAUGUGACCUACCAGAACGCGAAGUCCAAGUACCGCACCAUCAUGAACGCGAGGGGCAUUAAUCCGAAGGCGAACCAGGAGGAGCGCAUCAAGGCGGCCAAGGCGAGGUCCUACUGCUCCGCGUGCAAGAAGAAGGGGCACUGGCACAAGGACCCGGAGUGCCCCCUCAACCAGAAGAACCCGCAGGGUGACAAGCGGGACGCACACCAGGUGAAGUUCUGCCACGUCGCCUACAUGACUGACAGCACGACGGAGACCGAGCUCUACGGCAUCACUGAUUGCGCGUGUAGCAGGACGGUUGCGGGGCGACCGUGGAUCCGGCGGAUGGUGCGGAAGGCGAAGGAAAACAACAUCCCGUACUUCUUCAUGGCACAGGAGGAGAACUUCAAGUUUGGUGGGCCGGACAUUUUUCGUUCUGAGCGUGCCCUGGUGGUUUGGCUGCAGAUCAAUGGAGCACCCUUUAUCCUGAAGAUCGCGGAGGUCCAGUGUGUCCUGCCGUUGCUGUUGAGCAGGAAUGUUUUGGCGGGCCUCGGCAUGUGCUAUGACAUCAGCAAGCACGUGGCGGACUUCAGUGAGCUCGGCGUUGCGGGCUACAAGCUUGGCCAGACCGAGACGGGGCACCCCAUGGUAGUUGUCACCGGAGGUGGCAUUUGCUGGCCAUCCUGGCCGGAGGCCGUGGAUUGGUCGGUGGUGGAGUGUGAUGUUCACCGACCAGCCCGAUCGUGCUACAUGGUGCAUGGGGGAGCGGGGAACGAUAUGAGGGUCAACCACAUAUUCUACCCCAAGAAGGUUGAGCAGGCUCACAAGCUGAAGCCAUGGAAGAUGAAGAGGGCCGAGCUCGUGGAGAAGUUGGACGAUUUGCUCAUCGACUACGACCAGAAGGCAACGGUGCCGGAGUUGCAGGAGAUCCUCAAGAAGCAUAUGACCAAAACGGAGGAGCUGGCCAAGGGCUACACGCGGUUCACGGUGGGCGAGCUGCGGGAGAUGUGCAACAAGAAGAAACUCCGAGUUCCGGCAACGGCCAACAAGGGAUGCCUCAUCCAAGCUCUACGCUAUGCGGAGGGCGGCCACAGCAAGGAAGAGAUCUCCUUCGGACGCUACAAGGGGAAGACCUACGAGGCGAUCCCGAUGGACUACCGGCUCUGGGCGGUGGAGGAGGUAUCCAAGAACGAGACCCCGGCGGCGGCACUGGUACGGUUUGCAACGUGGGCAAAGCGGUGGAUGGAAUUGGAGGCUCUCGAGGAGGAAGUCAUCGACCCGGAGGAAGCGGCGGUGGUGGCGCCCCCCAAGAGCACGAUGGACUUCAAGCCGACGAUUCGCAAGAAGGCGAUGACGUCUACUACGACUGCGAAGAGGGCCACGCCCGCGACGAGCGACUCGGACGGGUCCUGGCUGCAGGCGGAUCCCAUGGACUCGGAGACGGAUGCGGACGCCAACAAGAAGAUCCUGGAGUUGGAACGCUACUGGGCAGUGAGAGAAGGGCGAGCCAAGCAGAAGGCAGUAGCGAAGUUUGAGAAGAUCGGGGAGCCCCGGGAGAGCAGCGGCGACCUCACGGUGAACGAGGACAACCUGGACUAUGACGAUGACAUUGAGCACAGGAUCAACUCACGCCGGGGACGGAAGGUCAAGAACUCCACGCGGAAGAUGAUCGGCAGUUGGACGCGGAAGGUGUGGCAGGCAUUUUUGAGUACGGCAGUGGCACUGGCUGGGCCCGUCAUGGUGGAGGCUAACGAGGCGGUGGUCGAGCCGAUCAAGGACCUGUACAACGCGACAGUGCUCCCGAGGUUUGAGGAGGAGGGACAACCCUACGUGCUGGAGGUCUUUGCCGGUAAGAACCACAUCACGCAGGCCUUCGCGGCGAAGGGGUACGACGUUAUGGAACCGCGUGAUCUUCUACUCGGCCACGACAUCCGCAUCAAGGAGGUCAGGGAGAAUAUCCUUGAGGACAUCCGGAAGUUUAAGCCGAAGCUGGUUUGGUUGGCACCCCUGCACCUUAUGGAGUCCUUGGACGAGGAGUUCGCGGAGGAGUGUGCGCGGUUGCAGCGGAGUGGUGGUAGGCACAUCAUCAUCGAGAAUCCCGCCCAGAGUGAACUGUGGCAUACCCCUAGGAUGACGUCUAUCAUCAAGGACUACCAUCUCCUGGAGUGCAACCUCGACAUGUGCGCCUACGGCCUGAAGGGCAAGUCCGAUGGCAAGCUCCUGAAGAAGCCGACCAAACUUUUGGUCAGCUCUGAGAUCUACCACCACGAACUGGCCAGGAGAUGCGACAAACGACAUGACCAUGGCCAGACAGCAGGGGCGAAUACGGCACCUUCAGCAUGUUAUACCUGGAGUUUUGCACGGGCGGUGGUAGAGGCAACAUGCAAAGUGGACAGCUCCUACGUGACGGCCUAUGUGGCGGACGCAGAGGAGGAGGACGUUGGUGGAGAUCAACAACCGGAGGAUGACUUGGUGGGGGCUUCCGGCAUCAAGCUCCCGAAGGCUACUUCGGCCGCUACUGCUUCGGCGCUCCGGCGGAUCCACCAGAACCUUGGACACCCCAGCAACAAGGACUUGACGCGACAUCUACGGCUAUGUGGUGCGACGGAGGAGGCCAUCAAGGGUGCGCAGGGGCUAAGGUGUGACACGUGCCAGAGGUUGAGGCGACCGGGGACACAACGACCCGCGAAGACUGUGCUGCCUAUGGACUUCAAUGACGAGGUGGCGGUCGACCUCUUUUACCUCUAUGACCAAGGCAAGGUUAAACACUCUAUCCUGUCGGUCAUGGAUUUGGCCUCGGGCUACCACGUUUGCCGGAAAAUCCAGAGCAAGCUCUCCGAGGAUCUUGCAGAGUCUGUUCGUCAACUUUGGUUGGAGUGGGCCGGCAUGCCUAAGCGGAUGGUCUGUGACCAGGAGCGGGGAUUUCAGAAGAACUUUGUUGACGAGAUGGAAAACCGCGGGAUCCACGUGAAGUACAUUGCAGGACAGGCCCAUUGGCAGCUUGGACAACUUGAGCGACAGCAAGGUUGGCUGCGUACGAUGUGGGAGAAGGUGGUGGAACACGAAAACAUCAACUUCCAGGAGGCGGAAUGGGCGUUGCUUCAGGUGGUGCAGGCCAAGAACAACCUUCGGCGGCGGCACGGGUACUCCCCGGCACAAUGGGUACUUGGAGUACAACCUCGCAUGGAGGACGGACUCGCAGACGGAGGACAAGAACUACUACCAGCAGACACUGCGGGCGGUGCAUGGAGCAGGAAGAUGGCUAUCCAACGAGCAGCAAGAAUGGCUUUCUUCGAGAGUCAGGCGACGGAGGCGGUGCGUCGGGCGGCUUUGGGACGGCCACGCGUGAAGAAGAACGAGUACCAGACCGGGGACAUUGUCUACAUCUACAGGGUCAAGAAGACUCCGGGCGGUGCUGGCAGCCAACGACAAGGUGCAGGACAAUGGAUCGGCCCAGGCACGGUGGUGGGGGCCGAGGGCGGUUCAGUAUGGGUAUCCCGUGGUGGACGAUGUUUGCUUUGUGCCCAAGAGCAUCUACGACCAGCGGAGUCAAGUGAGUUGGGCACGCUCUUCCAGGUGCAGUCCAUGCAGAAGGACCUACGGCAGCUUUUGGAACGAAUCGACGAUGACGGAGUGGACGACGAGGAGAUCUUCCACGAUGCGAGCAACCUCAUGGAGGACGGGGAUGCGGAGGCCUACAGGAAGCAGAAGCGGCAAUGGCCGGAUGGCGUGCCCCGGAGGAGGAUGCGUCAAAAGGGGCCGGUGCCUCACGCUGUCGAGGACGACCUGCGCGACGGGGAGGACGAGUACUCACCGAGUGUGGCUCCGCCAGAUGAGGAGAUUACGGGGAUGGACCUCGUCAACGCCUAUGUGGACAGGUCGGAGGGCGACGACAUCCAGGAUGUGGACGAGGCGAUGUGGACGACGCACAAGCGUACCCCCAAGACUAUUGCGAGGCAGCGUGACAAGGAGGUGGCUUGGAACGACAUCCCGGCCGCCGAGAAGGAGUUGUACGUUGCUGCGGAGAAGAAACAAUGGGACGAGCACGUCAAGUAUGGCGCGGUGCGGAUCCUCUCGGCCCAGGAGAGUGAGGAGGUGGUGAAUAAGGUUCACCCGUCGAGGAUCCUGAACUCCCGGUUUGCCUACAGGGACAAGAACGUGGCGAAACGACGCGAGGACCCUGCUGUUCCUCCCAAACCAAAGGCGAGGCUAUGCAUUGCUGGCCAUCGCGACCCUGAUCUUACUGGCGGAGGAAUGGAGACGGAGGCACCGACAGUGAGCAAGACCUCGCUGUCUACGUUAUUGCUGAUCGCGGCACAGGAGGACUGGGAGUUAGCAGCGGGAGACGUGCAGGCGGCCUUUCUCAACGGCGAGGAGUCCCGACGAGGUCUCUACAUGCGACAACCAGUACGUGGGUUACCUGAGAUGGAGCCGAACCAGUUGGUAGAGGUGGUGAAGGGCAUCUUCGGCCUGGCGAACUCACCACGGCUUUGGUGGAAACGGCUGGCGAAGGAGCUCCUGGCACUGGACUUCGUGAUUAACAGCGAGACGCUGAAGUUGGAGCAGCACCCUUUGGAUAGCUGCUUCUUUCUGUUGCGGAAUGCAGAAGGUGUCCUACGGGGAGCGUUGGUUACACACGUGGACGAUAUCCUGAUCGCGGCGGCCCCCCAAGAGCUGGUCCAGCUCAAGAAGAACCUGUCUGGGAUCUUCCCCAUUGCGGAGUGGGAGGACAAGGAGUUCGAGUAUAUCGGGUCCCAGAUCAAGCAGGGGGACGGCGUCAUCGAAUUGGGUCAAUGCAGCUACGUGAAGUCGAGGCUGGAAACUACGGAGAUGCCCAAGGAGUACGACGCGGAGGAACUUGCAGACGAGGUGACCAAGAUGGACAACCAGUCGGUGGUCGGGGGGCUCUCGUGGUUGGCAUCUCAGACCCGACCGGACCUGCAGACGGGGGUGUCGAUGGCUCAGAGGAAGCAGCGGGCACCAACCUACGGCGACGUCAAGGAGACUAACAAGAUCGUCAAGCUGGCGCAGGAGUGCAAGGGCGAGGUGUUGAAGUACCAGAAGAUCGGCAGUGGCAAAUGGAGCGAUAUGGUUCUGCUGGUCUUCCACGACGCGGCUUGGGCAAACGUUCCGGAGGAGCGCAUGGAGGACUUCUACAAGGCCCACGGCAAGGAGGCGGACUUUGACAUCAACAAGGGCAUCGUUGACCAGGGCGUCUACUCACAACUGGGGCAUGUGCUGGUGAUGGCGCACCGGAACGUCCUGGAGGGUGAGAAGAGCAAGGCGGUGAUCUGCGAGUGGAAGUCUCAUGCAUGCCCUCGGGUCUGCAGGAGCACGUUUGCGGCGGAAACGAUGGCAGCUCUGGAAGGCAUCGAGGACGCUAUGGCGUUCCGGGCAAGCCUUGCAGGUGCUCUUCGACGAGGUGGACUCGACGAAGGGUCGUGCCGGGACAUCAUCCCCAUAGUCCCGCUGACAGACUGCCGAUCGCUCUAUGACGCGAUCAAACGCGAAGGGAGUCCCAAAGCCCCUUCGGAAAAGCGGUUGCUGAUCGACCUCUCGGCUCUACGACAGUUGCUGGAUGGGGAGUUUGCACGGUGGGGCAAGGAGCUCUGCUGGACCACGACUAUGAGAUGGAUCCCCACGACCUAUCAACUCGCCGAGCUGCUCACGAAGGUCAAGAAAUCUACUGAGUGGAACUUGCAGCAGCUGAUCCUCUUCCGUGCCCUGGUGGGCGUGGGCGAGGCCGCCUUCGCCACCGUGGCCUCCCCCAUGCUCGCGGACUUCUACCCGGGCCCUCAGCGCAACCGCGCCUACACCUUCUUCGGGCUGAGCGCCCCGCUGGGCGCGGCCAUCGGCUUCGGCAUCGGGUCCUGUAUGGGUUCGCAACUUGGCUGGCGCUGCGCCUUCUUCGUGUGCGGCUUCCCCGGAAUCGCCAUCGCUUUCACCGUGCUGCUUCUGAAUGACCCUCCUCGGGGCAUCAACGACGAGGCCUUUGAAGAGGACGAGCUGAGCACCACCUCGAGCUCCGAGGGCUCCACGGAACUCUCCCUGGAAACUCGGCGCUGUCUACAUGAGGAGAUGGAGCUUUUGUCCAACCCCCACUUUGCGUUGGCCACCGCGGGCACGGUGGCCAUCCAAUUCGCCAUAGGCGGCCUCUCUGAGUGGUACCCCACCUUCUUGCAGCGCUACGCCGGCAUGAAGCAGGCCUACGCGGGUCUGACCCUCAGCGCCUCCUGCGUGCUCAGCGGCAUCGGGGGCACCGUGCUGGGCUCCAAGGUCGCGGACUUGAUGGCGCAGCAGAUCGGGAGCAAGGCCUACUUCUUGGUGCCGGCGGUCUUCAUGCUGCCUGGUGCCAUCUUGACGGCCUUCGCAGUGAACCUGUCAGAUCAAGCUUGGCUGGUGUCCUGCCUCCUGGUAGGGGAGACCUGCUUCUUCACCUUUCAGGCUCCCACCAACGCCUUGUCCAUGUCUGUGAUCCCGGUACAUUUGAGGGGCCGCGGGUCCAGCCUGCAGAUCUUACUUUGCCACGUGCUGGGAGACGUCAUCAGCCCCCCCAUCAUAGGGGCCAUCGCGGACGUCCGCGGACUGAGGACGGGCUUGCAGCUGUGCUGGGUCGCAGUCCUGGUUGCUGGUUUCAUGUGGGGCUGCGGCUACAAGUGCCUCACAGCGCCACCCAUCUCUAUCAAGCCCAAGCCCCAGGAUAGCGGGACCAUCGGGUACAUUUUGUCCCGAGGGAAGACCUGGCUGGACGCGUGCUACGGCGAGGAGAGCGCCAAGUCGGAGAAUUCGAGCUGA